UGACAAGUGCAUACGACAGUUCAUCAUGUCUGAUGCAAGCCAGCCCUCUGUCGACUAUGCAGUCGAUCUCCUCAUUCAGCUUCGCUCGCCUGAAGCCAAGAUGCCAACCGCAGGAUCAGAUCUAGCAGCAGGUAUCGAUCUCUACGCAGCGGAGAGCAAAGUCGUCCCGGCUCGUGGAAAAGCUUUGAUAGAUCUGGGAAUGAGUCUGGCCAUCCCUCCAGGUCACUAUGGCAGAGUCGCGCCGAGAUCAGGCCUUGCCUCGAAGCACAGCAUACAGACCGGCGCAGGGGUCAUUGACGCGGAUUACCGAGGACCAUUGAUGGUCCUGCUGUUCAAUCACUCUGAUGAGGACUUUCAAGUCAACCCCGGCGAUCGCAUCGCACAGUUGAUUCUCGAAAGAAUUUCCGUUCCGCGCUUGCGUCAGGUUGAGAGCCUAGAGGAGACAGCUAGAGGAUCCGGUGGAUUUGGCUCAACGGGUGGAUUCGGUCCCGCAGCCAAAAAGCAAAAGCUCGAGAAUGGAGAAGGGGCGGUACUUCCAGAGCCGACAGAAGCAAUCAUCGAGGGAACCAGCUAGA